AUGGAGCAUCUUUACAGUGGCUCGCAGACGUUGCCACGACAAUUCAGAGCCAGUAAGAUCUACUCGUCUCCAGUAAAUCUACCAUUACUUGAUAGAAUCGUAUCGCCAGAGAAAAUACGGCCGAGUUCACUGGAUCCACCAUUAUAUUCAGAUGUUUUUGAUAAUAGUGAAAACAAGGAAAAGGUCAGUCAGUAUUAUUUAUAACUAACAAAAAAGGGGGGAGGGGAAAUAAGCUUAAGUCAACCGACCUGAAUCCUUUUAAAAUUGCAUGCUAGGCUUGCUAAAGUCAAGCCUACUCAGCGUAAGCCUUUAAAGCAGCUAGGUCAUGGCUUAGCGCUUUAAUUGUAUUAAGCCUAAUUCUUUUAAGCCUAAUUCUACUAAGCCUAAGCCUACUAAGCCUAAGUUUACUAAGCCUAAGCCUACUAAGCCUAAGACUACUAAACCUAAGUCUACUAAGCCUAAGCUUACUAAGCCUAAGCCUAAGCCUAUUAAGCCUAAGCCUACUAAGCCUAAGCCUACUAAGCUCAAGACUACUAAACCUAAGAUUGCUAAGCCUAAAUGACAGUUUAAUAUGUUCUUCAUUUUCAGCUCCGAUUAGCCUUGAACUCGCUUGGACUGGUCUGCCUGAUCUCAAUUUUCUUCUCUUUUGUAAGCCUAAACCGAUUAGAUGUUUGGGAGAAGCGGUCAUUAAACUUAACUGUGAAAUCCCGAAAUGAAGUUGUAUUUAUUGUGUGGGAGAUGAGUAUGUCAAUAACAUUGGCAAUGGUACUGUGCUCAUUGGCCACGUUUUUCGUCGCUUCGAUUCAAUUGUUUUUUGCGCUUAAAAUUGCCAAAAACAAUAUCAAGUCUCCGGAAAUGUAGGUUUUUAUGCAGAAAGUUUGUUCACAAAGCUUGGAAUGGCAAGAACUUUCUUUACAAAUCAAUAAAUGGCAAGAACUUUCUUUACAGAGUGAAAAAUAGCAAGAACUUUCUUUCCAAAGCUAAAAUGGCAAUAACUUUCUUUACAAACUAGAAACGGCAAGAACUUUCUUUACAAACCAAAAAAAAACAAUAACUUUCUUUACAAAUCACAAAACGCAAGAACUUUCUUUACAGGUCAUAAAAUGGAAAGGACUUCCUUUAUAAAGCAUAAAAUGGCAAUAACUUUCUUUGCAAGACACAGACAAAGCCUUUUGAAAAUUCAAUAUUACAGUAACCCAAAAUAAAUUUUCCAUUUCAAAUUAAUCUAAAUCUUAUUUUCAGAGCCCUAAAAUAUCUCCACGAUGCCAGAUCAAUCCGCCUGCCCACUCUGUUUAUGUUCUUCAUCUGCACCUUGACCUUCUUGAUCUCCUUGUUGGUCUCCCUACUUUUCCUGCCCUCAGGCUAUGGAGUAAUACCGAGAAGUAUAGCUGGCUUAAUUGGCGUGUUCUUGAUGGUAUUUUGCUCAUUGGCAGGUCUACAUUCAGUUCAUUGUUUAUUGCGAAUUGAAACUGAUAAGAAGACCGUUCCCAAUUUGAAUCAGAACUAUGCCAGCCGGUUCAGCACGCUGGUUUGA